AUGUCUCUAGAAUAACUACAGUGUAUAGAGGAUGAUAGACAAUAUUAUUAAUCAAAAAAAAAAUCAACUCAUCAACAAUCUAUUUAAUCAAUAACAACAUUAUAAUCAGAUCAUUCAAUUCAAUCAUUAGAAAAAUUGGUAUCAUAAGACAUUGUAAAGGAUACAAACUUAAAACUAGAAUUAGAUCAAUUUAUUGGAUUAUUAUAGAAAGUAAAGCCAUCAAAUUUGAAAAAUGAACUAUCUGUUGUGAUGAGUACAGAAUAAGAAGAAUAUUAUAGUUUUUAAUAAAAGUAGCCUUUAGAUAAAAAAGAGAUAAUGUUUGAAGGAUUUCAGAAAUGUUAUAUUGAGGCAAUAAAAAUAAUUGGUAAUUUAAUAAGAGAUACAAAAGAAUAAAAUUAUAUUAUCUCUUAUUUGGAAAAAAUGCAAAUGAUUUAUGUAUACAUAAAAUUGCAAUAAUUAGAUUAUGCAUAUAUAGAGCUAUUAAGGCAUGGAAAAAUCUAUUAAUCUCUUAAAUAGUUUAAAGUAAACUCUCAUUGAUGCUGAUUAAGAAAUUACUUUAUUGCAUAAUCAAUCAGCAGAACAACAAUCUAUUCUAUAGAAAAUGUAAUAGCAACUUAAAUAAAGUAUGAGUGAAUUAAAUUAAGAACGUUUAAAUUCAUUGGAUUUAUAAUAAAAAAAUUAACAAUUAAAACAUAUGAUUUUAGUAGCUAAUAAAUAGUUUGAAUCAUUAUAAGAAAAAUUAUUAUAAACAGAAUAAGAAUUAAAUGAGAUUGUUUCAACUUAGAGUUAACAAAUUAAAUAAUUAGUUUAAACUAAUAAAAAUUUAAGAGAAGCUAUUGUAUUUAAUGAAAAGAAAUAAGAAAUUCCUAAGAAAAUUAAUACUUCUCCAUUAAACUCAUAAAGGAGUACUACUAAUAGCAAUUAAGAGAAUCAAUAUAAUCAACUAAAUAAUUAAUUAACUAUUAAUUCCUAAAGAAUAUAAAAUUUAGAUAAAGAUACCUAAAAUAUAUCUCCUUAAUAAUCAUAGAGAUGUACAUCAAAUAAAAGAGAAUGGAAUAAAUAUAUAAAAAAAUUUAAAUGA